GCGUUUGAUGUUGAACAUCUCGAAAAUACAGAGGGACGGGCGCAUAUGGUCCAACCCGGACGAGUUCCAGCCUGAGAGGUUCCUCACGACGCAUGAGAACGUGGACUUGAGAGGUCAGAACUUCGAGUUCAUCCCCUUCAGCGCGGGGAGGAGGUCCUGCGCUGGAAUUUCGCUGGCUCUUCAGACGGUGCACUUGACACUGGCUAGCUUUCUGCAAAGUUUCGAGAUCAGCACGGUCUCAGACGAAGCCGUGGACAUGACCGAGAGCCCCGGCUUGUUAAAUGAGAAGGCGAGCCCGCUUGAAGUUAUGCUCAUUCCACGCCUUGAUAAAAAAGUAUAUGAAAGAGGCGAGUAGGAGAGUACGUAAUCUUCUGUCUAUGGUCAGUACUUUAUUAUGAAGAGAGCCACAAGAUCCAUUUUCCCUUGCAAAUCAAAUUUGAAUGUAUAUGUUCCCUCCUAAGUGGCUACUAAAGAUUGCAAUUAGGAACCAAUAAAUAAAUAAAUACUUUCAGCUGUGUGUGUUUAUAUAUAUGUUGUAUUCCGUACUUUUAUAUGUAAGA